CGCCUAUCGGUUCUCAUGCGUCGAAAAAUAAAGUAAAUUAAUAGUGCUAUAAAAGUGAUUAAAAAAAUGCCUAAUUCGUGCAAUAAAGUGAUGUGUAUUAGGCGUACUUAAAGUUUAAACAAAUGCCGUACGUGUUUUGUGUUUUAUUUGCUGUUUUGCAAGUGUAGUGUUCAAGUUUCAGAGCGCCUUGCACAUUUUUUUCAGCAGACGCAUGAAAAAUGGCGGCGUCUUCAGCUACGGCUGAAUGUAAAGAAGAAUGCAGAGAUAAAGAUGACGAUGCAUUAACUACAACGUUGCAUACAUGUGCAAAUGAUCCAGAUUUUGCAGUAAUAUGUGCGUUUAUGCAAAAAUUUGCUAAAGAUUUGGGCUUGGCAUUGCCAAACUUUAAGCAAUUGCAGGAGUGGUUGACAAACAACGAUGAAGUGCCCGAAUUGCGAGACCUGCACAUUAAACUGUUGCGCAAGACGCGAAAAACGGUGCACGAGAAAAGCUGGGAAUCGGCAUUGAGCAAAUUCUGUUUUGGCUACUCCGUGCAGGAUGCCUGGGAGAUUGAACGCUUUGGCUACCGCAACUCCAGUUUAAAGGUCAAACUUCGCAUUUUACGCGAACUUCUCGAAAGCCAAUUUGAGCGUAAUGCGAAAUUUCGAGCUCAUAUCCUGACGGUGAAUGCGAGUUCACUGCGCGCACAGCCAAUUGGACGGGAUCGUUUGGGCCAUGCCUACUGGUUGACGCAGGAUGGCGACUGCAAUUUGAGGAUCUAUCAGGAGCAUUUGGAUGAAGAAAUAUGGCAGGUGGUGGCCACAAAUCGAGAUGAAUUUGUGAAUUUAAUUGCACGCCUGCGUGGUAACGAAGUCGUCCUGCCCUCCAAAGACAUCGGUGAGGCGGAUGAGGAUACUACAAGUAGCAGCAGUAGCAGCAACAAUGCACAGCUGCCUCCCCCCGAGGAGCAGCAGCAGGAUCAGGAUGACGACUCACACGAAGCUAAAGUGCCCAAUUUAAAGAUUAAGCUGCGUACUCCCGAUCAGCAACCGGAACAACAGGAAUCAGAAGCCAAAUCGAAGAAGGUGAAGCCACUGCUUAUAACGCAAGCUAAACUCGGAGGAUCGCCUGCUCCGGCGAAGAAAAGGCCGCUGGAAGAGGUGGACAGCAGUCCCACAGCGCUGUCGGCGGAGGAGCAGCAGAAGAAGCAUCGACCAACGCUCCUGGACACGAAACGCAUCAAGAAGCCCAGCCGAUAUGAGAGUACAAAAUCCGAGGAUGAUAAUGAGGCGGAUUCGGAAGAUUCCGAAUUGGAUGAAGGCGAGGAGGAGGAAGAGGAAUCCCUUGAUGGCGAAGAGGAAUCACUCGACAGUGCUGCUGCCGACGAGGAUGAAAAUGAGCAAAAAUUCAACGAAGAGGAUGAUAACGACGAUGACGAUGAAGUCGGCGAAGCUAUCGAGGAGCCUACGCUAAUAGUUCGUGGCCAGGGAGCAGGUCGAGAAUGUCAGGCGACACCUGAAGAAGAACAAUUCCUAAACACACUGGUAAACGAUGAAGAUUUGGAUGCACUUGUGGGCGAGGUCAUCGUUGAACCACUUUACUAUGUGCAUGGCUCAGGCAACGGCGUUGACUGUCUGGUGGGCAAUGCCAAGGACGAAUCUACCACGGAAGAAUCCACAUCUAAGCCAGAGCCCAAGGCUACAUUCUUUUUCGGCGAGCCAGGAUGCCUUAAACUCAGUCCCAUCAAGCAGACACCAAAGCAGGAAACUAAACGCAGCAUAUUCGAUAGCAUAGGGAAUGUAGAAUCGGAGCGAGAGGCAAAGCCAGAGAAGACCAAUGGCGAAAGUAUCAAGGUGGAGGAGAUGGAAAAGGAGACGACGUUGCUAAAUGGAAAUGAAUCAACAGAAGAAGAAACAACCAAAAAAUCCGAAGAUUGCAAUGAAGAUGGCGAAAGUGCACAAGCAGUUGAAGAAAAGGCUCCAGAAAUAGAUCCGAAGGAGGAAAUACCUGAAGCAAGGACUGAAGAGUCAAAUGAAACAAAAGAAAUCUCAAAAGAACAAAUGGAAAAGCAGGAAAAUCCCGCACCUAAAUCUGAGGGUAACAUUACACAAAUCUGCAAUGUGAAGGUGAUAGAAACUAGUGAGGAAAGUGCGAAAGAAAGCAUAAAAACAGAGGCAAAAAAGGAUGAAGACAAAGUAGAAAAUAUAGCUGAAAAAGACGAAAAUGUCCAGGAUGUAAGCCAGCAUCAGGCUGAGAAUGAAACUAUCAAAGAAGAAACUGAUAAACUCGCUGAGAAAACAGUUGAAAAAAGUAAAAAAACGGUAGCGAUUGAAGAAAAAAGCUCAAAACAACAACCAGAAACGAUUGUUAAUGAAGAGAAAGAGGUUGAAAACACUGCUAAAUCGGUUGAAAAUGAAGAUAUAUGUUCUACAUCAAAGACAACUGCAAUAAAAUCGGUCAUUAAUGAGAAAGUAGAUUCAAACGGCGCGGCAAACGGCGCUGCAACUGAUAGACACAUUGUUAACGCAUGCAGCCAUAAAGGCGAAACGGUUGAAACGGUUCAAGCGGCUAAUGCAACGCCUACAACUCUUCCAGAGCCGGUUACGGUUAACAAGUUGAUAGACUCGGUCAAAAAACCCUUGCCUAGCACCUCAAAGAUCGACGAUAAUCGAAAACCAACCUCUGAAGCUUCCAAUGAAAAAAAUAUUAAGGAAAAACGAAAUGACGCAUCCAAGUCACAAGCAACUCCUGAAAAUGAUGGUAAGAAAGUAAUACUGCUACCAAAUCGGAAACGUCGUUUAACUGACUUUACUGCUCCAAGUCCACGUCAUUCCACGUCAGAAAGCGAAGUUGAUGCUUAUGCCGAACUGCAACCGGAGGAGGAGCAACAGCAGCUGGUGGAUGACAACGAUGAUGACUUGGAUGUGGGAGGUAAACGUAUUAAAAUGCGCCCGAAGAUCACCAAUGUGGAGGUGCGUCGGAAAGUAGAAGCACAAAAGACUCAAAUCGAGGAGACAACAUCUUCCAGCGGUGAGGAAGAUGCACGAAGUCGCCGUAAGAUUAUUGCGCCCAAGCGGCACCUGGAAAAGCCCAAUCCAGUUAGAACGAAACCAACACUAGCUGAAAUUAUUGAAAAGAAAUUGAAAAAGACGCCAGAAAAGCCAACGGAGCAACUGGCAGAGUCGUCAGCUAUAGAAGUCACUCCUCCAGUGGUUGAAAAGGCUGAACCUGUGCCCUUUACACCGCCCAAAAAGUCGCCUAUUACAAAGCCCCUGAAAAAGAACCUGCUCACCCAAAUUCGCCAGGAAGAAAGCGACGAGGAUGCAACACCCAGAAAACGCACGACCAGCGAAACUGUCGUUGCAUCCCUUCCAGGUCCUCAGCCAGUCGGAGUAGAGUCGUCGCAGCAACGCAAACGGCGAAGCAGCGAAGAGGGCAAGGAGUCUAAGGAGGCAAACGUCAACGAGGAACCUCCUGCAGUCAGCGAGAAGCUGAAGCGCAAUAAUGACCAGGUGGAAGAGGAAUCAGUGUCUAUUCAGCAAAUCGAGCGGGAGAAAACGCCAAUUGAACAGAAGACGUCACCACUCAAGCGGGAAUCCUUGCCAGUCGAGGAGAAAAUGCCUCCAGUUAAACAGGAGGCGGAACAGAUCAAACCAGCGACGCCGCCUCCCGUUAAAGUGGAGGAGUCUCGGCAGGUCAAGGAGUCAACUCCGCCACCAGUUAAAGAAGAAGCGACACCGCCAGCUGAAUGUCCGGGACGACGCUCUGGGCGUCGGGGAGGUGCUGCUGUAGUCCAUACGGAGCUGCCACAACCAAAACGCACCAGGGGUGGCAUUAAGGAUAAACCUAGCGUCGAGAGCAAGCCACAGAUUCAAGAGGAUCCACUUAAAAGCGAGGAGGAGCAUCAAGAUGAGGAGGAGGAAAAGGAGAAACCAGUUAACCCAGUCAAACCUGCAGCUAAAACAAAUUCACCAAUCAAGGAGGAAACAAAGAGCGAACCGACGGAACCACCAAAGAGAGAAGAAUCCAAGGGGGUAUCAGCAAAAGCAGCAAUAACACCUGCAACUCCUGGAGUUGGACGUGGUCGUGGUCCGCGAAAGAAGCGUGAAGUGGACACUACCAACAUCAUCGAUACAAACGACUCGGAAACGCCAGUGCGUCAAUCGCGACGCAUAGCACAACAGAAAAUCAAAGAGGAGGCGGAGCGACGAAAACUGGAGGAGGUGGCACUGCGUACCAUGAAGCAGCAGUUCAAGAAGAAGAAGAAGGCCGAAAUGGAAGCUGAUCCCACCGUGCUGGAACCCUCGGGCGAAUCAGAAUCCGUCGAGUCGGCCAGCGAAGCUGAAGAGACAAAGAAAAAGAUCAAAAAGAAAUGUCCAGGUAAAGAUGGUUGGUCGUCCGACUCCGAGGAGCAGGUUGAAAGCGAAGAGGAGGAAGAAGAGCCCCCACACUACGAUACUGAUCCUGGCUCACCACUUUUCAAAUCCGAUCAUGAAUUCUCACCCGAAUCGGAGCUGGAAGAUGACUCUCAGGUCGUGCCCAUGAAACGUGCUCGCACGCUUCGCAAGGAAAACGCCGAUGAGAGCGAAGAGGCAGAUGCGGAUGAAGCGUGCCAAAAGUGUGGCAAAUCCGAUCAUCCCGAAUGGAUUCUACUUUGCGAUACGCCGGACUGUAAUAAAGGUUAUCACUGCUCUUGUCUCAGUCCCGUGCUCUUCUACAUACCCGAGGGCGACUGGCACUGUCCGCCCUGUCAGCAAGAGCAGCUCAUCGCCGCCCUGGAGCAGCAGUUGCAGCACUUCGAUGACAUGUUUGCCCGCAAGCAACAGGAGAAGCUUUUAGCUGAGGAAGCUGAGCGUGUGGCAGAAGCUGCAGCAGCUGCACGAACCGCCAGCGAGCUGGAGGAACGUUCAAUUCAGAAUGCCCGCAAGAAAGAUGAUGCUGAAGAUGGUGACGAUGAUGAUGAGGACAACGAUGAUGAGGACGAUGACGAUGCGUCCAGCAAAGCAAAUAAACGCAGCAAGGCGGACAAAAUAAAACGGAGACGAGGAGAUGGACGCAGUAAUAGAAGAGCAGCUAAGCGAGGAACGCGGCGACGUCGCGGAGGCAAGGAUGAUGGAUCAGAAAGUGGCAGCAGUGGCACAAAGAGUGGUAAGCAAUCGGGCGGAGGUGGAGCACGCUCUGUCAGCUCCAGCAGCAGUGGAAGCAGCAGCAGCAGCAGCUUCUCGGACUCGGAUGAUGAGCCCAUUUACAAGCUACGUAAGCGGAGACAAAUCAAUGUGAGUUAUCGUCUGAAUGAAUACGAUGAUCUGAUCAAUUCGGCGCUUAAGAAGGAGAUGGAUGAGGUGGCCGGUGCUGGGAAUCUUGGCAGGGGCAAGGACAUCAGCACCAUUAUCGAAGCGGACAAGGAGAAGACGCGUCGCGAGGAGGGAGAACAGCCAGAGGACGAGGGCGGGGAGAAGGAGAAAACGAAGCAGGACAAGGCGGAGAAAUUGCCACGAGACUCAGUGGACAAGUCAAGCAAUGACGAUGACAGCCAAGAGGACGAGUACGACGACGACGAUCAGCCUAUAAAGGCAUCAAAGAAAUUAAAGAUCAAAGCAGCGCCUCCCGCUAAAAAGAAGGCACGCAAAUUAACCACACUCGAUGUCAGCUCUGAGGAGGAUCAUGGCAGCGAUGAGGACUUUAAAACGUCCAGUUUCUCCGACGAAGACAGUUCACAGUCUGCGUCGGAUGAUUCGGACUCUAGCCUGGAGGUUUAUCGUCGUCCUGGACGUGGCAAGAAGCAGCGCAAGGCGGCGAGACGUGCGGCACGUGAACGACGCAAGGAUCGCAAAUUUGUGGUUGAGGAGAGCGAUGAGAGUGAAGAGGAGCAGAAGAAACGCUCCAAGGCCGGCAAAUCAAAAAAGAAACGAAAAGAGGAUUCCGAUUAUACGGAAACCGAAACGGACGACGACGACGACAACGGCUCCGAGCUAACCGAGAACAUGGACAGUGCCGAUCUUUGCGAUGACACGACCAGCGAGAGCGAUGAUGGCGGCUGGCAUCCAUCCAAGCGCAAGAAGGCAGCCGCCAAGAAAGCAUCCUCGGCCAUUGCACGCAAAUCACCAAAAUUGAAGAAGCCAGUGACGAAGAAACCCAAACAGUUGGAGUACUCGGACGAUGACAUCAGCGAAAGCGAGGAGGAAGAUGAGGAGGACGACGACGAUGAGCAAAUAGGCGCCAAUGGUGUGCCUUUGUCCGGCAAGGGAUCUGGCAAACAACCGCGCUCGCAGCCAUUAAAGAAGACGACAAACACAUCGACGACGUCAUCGUCAUCAUCAGCGCAGUCAGCUGGCAAGGGAAAGGGCAAGGGCAAAGGCAAGUCUGGUGGUGGUGGCAGCAGCAAGAAGAAGAAGAGGCCGGCAUCCUCUGAUGAUGGUGGUGCUGGCGGAGGAGGUGGAGGUGGUUCCGAUGAACGAACCCGCACACGUGGACGUCGUUAUGCGUACAUUGAGGACUUUGACGAUGACAGCUCCGACGGUGGCAUCAAACCAGGCGUACAGCGUCCGGAUACGCCGCCCGAGGAGCGUCAGAAAUUCAUACAAAAACAGGAGGAGAUCAAGCGCAUGUUGGCCGAAAAGAAUGCUGAGGGAGCCAAGCUGGCAGCCACGCCUCGUCUCACGCCCAUCAAGGGAGCAACUGCAGCUGGUGCAUUGCAGGAGAAGCGUACACCCAAUAAAGUGGGAGCCACACCUGGAGCCGGGGAUUCAUUGUCAACGGUUCCAUUGUCCGUUAUACGUCAGGCCAAGGUGCUGGAUAUUGACUAUUUGCAGCGCAAGGGUGAGGCUGUCGAUGAUUUGGACGAUGUGGAUGAAUCGGAGCUAGAUGAUGCCGAACUGCCAGAUGAUUUGCCCGACGAUAUGGAGGAUGCCAUAGCGCGCAUGGUGGAGGAGGAGGAACAAUUCACGGCGGCAGCUGCUGCACGGGAGCUGCCCGCACCGGAUGAUGUGCUACGCACCACGCCCGCCAAAUCCAAAGCGCCCAAACACUUGCCAACGACACCGGAGCAGUUGCCCAGUGCGUCGGGCUUGCAGGAGCCGAUGCGAAAGCGUUUGCCGAUGCCCACAAUGCAUCCGCCACUGUUGCGUCAUCAGUUUCCUGGACAUGGCUCAGCCGGAGCACUUCCAGCUUCAUUGUUACCUCCACCGCCAGGUCAACAGCAGCAGCAACAGCCUCCACCGGGCAUGCAUCCCAUGCUGCAGCGUCAUCUGGCACCGCCUCCACAGGCCAUGCAGCUCCUCCAGAAUGCGCUUUCCGCUCCGUUGGGUCAGCCAUUAAGUCGAGCCAACUAUCCGCCGCCGCCACAGCAACAACAGCUUCCGGCCAUGCAGCGACUGCCCUUGGGCAUGUCCAUGCCGGCUGCGGCUGCACACCUCAUGCAGGCCGCCGCUGCAGCUGCUGCAGUGCGUCCGCCGCCUCCGCAACCCGAUCCCAAGCCGCGUGGACGUCGAAAAAAGGUCACACCACUGCGGGAUCAGCUGCAGAAGCAGCAAACCGCAGCUGCCGUCACCGCCGCCACAUCCAGUUCCGUGGGCAGCGAUAAGUCAACGCCACCUGGCAAGGCGCCGCCGGCACAGCUCUUCAAGCCACAUGAAGAUGCACCUGUUGCCGUCUCCCAGCCCUCUGUAAUCACUCGCAUGCCGAUACCUUCGCUGCUGCCUCCCGCACAUGUACGCGGUGCUCCGCCACCACCUGGAGGUGGGAUGUAUCCGAGCAGUGCGGAACUAGCACGUUUCUAUGGUCAGCCGCUGCCGCCCAGCUCUGCGUUGCGACCCACUUACGGUGCACCGCCACCGCUGCGUGGGGCACCACCCACGUCCUCAGCCGGUGGAGCAGUUGGCAGUGUGCCCAAUUCGCGCCCACCGCCCUAUCUGCACGGACCGGAGCAUCACGGCGGCCCACCUCCACCGCCCGGCUCCUUGGCUGGCGUCUAUGGCGCUGGACCGCCACCAGCUCGUCACGCCCCUCCGCAUCUGAAUCCCUACAGAACACCCCCCAUAUAUGGCAAUCCCAACUAUCCUCCACGUGUGCCGCAACCUGGUGCACCCAAUAUGCGACCCGGCGCAGUGGACUAUGCAGCUGGAGCACGCGGUUAUCCACCAUAUGGCUAUUAUCCACCACCUCUAACGACACCACCCGCGCAUGCGUCUGCACCGAGUUCAGUGAUUGUCAGUGCGCUGCCUCCACCGCCUGUCACACCUAUAAAUCAUACAGUUUCCGCAUUAACGCGCGGCAAGUCUCCAGCUCCUCCGGCGCCAGCUCCCGUCCCAGUUUCAGUUCCGGUUACAUCUGCAGCUCCGGUAGUAAACGUAAACGUAGCACCACCACAACAACAACAACCACCACCAACACAACCGGCUCCACACACACCAGCAAAUGCAAGUGCAAGCACAACGGAAAUGCCGAAAUCAUCCGUGAUAACCAGCAAGAAACUAAUUACACUGGAGGCCUACUCCAAUACCAAGUCUCCGCUGGCUGUUGUUGGUGAUUCAACAGCGGAUUCACCAGCCGCCAUUGCGGAGGAGGAUUCCAGCUCGGCACAUGGGAAUAGCAGCAAUGCGGCAACUGGGAACAGUGUCGGUGGUGGCGUUGGGGAAUUUAGUGGCUUGGUUAGCUACUUCAGCUCUCAGCAGGAUGAUUACGACACAUAACAAACGCCGCCGUCAGCCGCAAGCUUGUAUAUAAUGUAGUUGAUCUAUAUAUAGGAAUGUAUAUGUGUAGAGUAAACCGAAUCUUAUUGAAAAUUUCAGUCCACACACACACUUACAUACGAUCGCAACGGAAAAAGUGCAUAUAUUAUAGAUUUAUUCAAGAGAAUGAAUUUAUGCAAGGAUGUCAAAUUUAUUUAAAUGUUUUAAAUUAAAUAUACAUAUUUUAUUUAUUUUAAGUUUAGGAUUUUAUUUUUGUGAACGUAUUCUCUAUGUGCUCCUAGAGUCGCUUCAACAGCAACUGCAACAAUUUAAGUAUUUUAGUUUAAUUAUAAUUGUAAAGUACGAAAGUUGGAUAGCUCUAUAUGUUCGAUCGAUAUGUUAACGUUAGCCGAUAUCAACCGAACUCGAUAUCAAUUAGACGGAUUGCAACAAUAUAAUGAUAAUAAUUUAUAUAUAUAUAUAUAUACCUUUACACACACACUACCCUCUAUAAUAUAUAUUUAUAGAAACCUAACGUAAACUAAACUAUAAAUGCAUAUUAUAAACAGUUAAUGAAACUAUAUAUAACAAAAUGGGCUAAUUGACGUAUACUUAAAAUACAAAUGAAAUUAAAAAA